AUGGUAUAUAUACAUAAUAGCAACAAUGAUAAAACAAACGCAAAAACCAAAUUGCCACAAGACAAAUCCACGUUAGGCGAUGAAAUAGACCUUAGUCGUCAAUCAACUUUACCAUCGUCUAAAGAUAUCUCAUUAUGUAGAAACGAUCCCUUAUUACAUGAGAAAGAUACCUUAUUACAUGGGAUUAAAUUAUUUUUAGUUACUUUUGGUCUAGGUUGUUCUAUAUUUUUAACCGCAUUAGACUAUUCAAUCCUUUCCACCGCUUUACCUAAAAUAGCAUCCGAUUUUAAUGGAUUAGACCAAUUCGCAUUGGUUUCCUUUCAACCAAUGUAUGGGAACUUAUCUGAUAUUUUUGGUCCUAAAGCAACUUUCUUAAUUUCGGUCGCCAUUUUUUUAUUUGGCAGUUUUUUAUGUGGUAUUGCUUCUAAUAUGAUUUCAUUGAUAAUAUACCGUGCAGUUGCUGGUAUUGGAGGUGCUGGUAUUACUAGCCUCGUUAUAAUUAUUAUUUCAGAAAUUGUUAGCAUUAAAGAUCGGGGAAAAUUCCAAGUUAUUAUUGCCGCAUGCUAUAGCAUUUCUUCCGUAGUAGGACCACUCGCGGGUGGUGCCCUUACUGAUUAUGUUAGUUGGAGAAUUGAUAUUCUUGGUAUUAUUAUAAUGGUUUCAUCAACUACUUGUAUCUUAUUAUCUCUUAACUGGGGUGGUAAUAUUUAUGCUUGGGAUAGUCCCGUGAUUAUAAUACUUCUAUGUGUCGGUAUACUUGGUUACAUAGUAUUUGUUCUUGUUGAAAAUUCCGUCGUUGUUGAACCAAUUGCUCCACCUCAUUUAUUUAAAAAUCUUAAUGUAGUUUCAUGUUUCUUUGUAAACCUUUUUAUGGGAAUGUCAAUAACUGUUUAUCUUUUUUAUAUUCCUCUUUACUUCCAAGUUGUAAAAGCUGAUUCAGCUACACAAUCCGGAUUAGAUCUUAUGCCUCACAUUCUUGCUGUAACAAUAUCCAUAUUACUAUCCGGUCAACUAUUCUCACGAACUGAUAAAGUUUCAUUUAGAUUAGUGAUUAUGCUUGCUUCUUUAUUGAUAAUUGUCGGUGCCGUAUUAACUACUAUGUGGAAUGAAAACACCAGCUAUAUUGAAUUAAAAGUAGGUAUGAUAAUUACUGGUAUUGGAAUUGGUUUUACCGCUCAAUCUAUUAUAUUAUGUAUUCAAUAUUUGGUUGAGAACAAGGAUAUGGCUUCAGCUAUUGCUUUUUCAUAUUUCUCUAGAAACUUUGGAUGUGUUUUUGGAAUUGCAAUUUCAGGUUCAGCAUUUAAUAAUAGACUUUCUCACGCAUUAAAUCCUUUAAUUUUACCUUCAUACUUUUCAACACAAUCUGUAUAUACCAUACAAAUGUUACCAUCAGAUACACGAACUUUAGUUAUUCAAGCUUAUGUAUUAGCAUUUCAAUUAAUCUUUGGUCUAGCUGUGUUAUACAGCGUGUUAUAUUUAAUUUCAGCUAUGUUUAUAGGAAAUAGUAAACCUAUGCAUAAAUAG